GAACACACAAUGUAUCUUUCCAAUGAACAUUUUUUUUGGUUAUGCUGCUGACAUUGUUGGAAUGGAGGUUGUGCAAAGGCUAAAUUCAGAGGUGCUGGAACUCGGACUUGGGAACAAUGAUCGACACGCUGGCAUGGUGAUGAGUUUGUACAACCGAGUUGCCAACCGCCCUGAACUUGCAUGUGAGUUCUUCUCAAGCCUUAGAUCCCCAGGCUACACUGCAUGGAGGAACCUGAUCUGGGCGUAUGCGGCAUACGAUCCAAUGAAGGCGAUAGCUGCAUUUGGGAAGAUGGAGAAAACCCAUAUCAAGCCCAAUCUUGACUCAUUCCGUGCCCUAAUGUAUGCUCAUGCUCAGGCUGAAACCAAGAAUGAAGAUGCUCUCAAAGUGUUGGUAAAGAUGAAGGAGGAGUACAACUUGCAGCCUAAAAUCGAACACAUUGGGUGUUACAUCGACAAACUGGCUGCAAAGAUCGAAUGCCCUUUGUCAAACCACAUCUGCGGCAUGAUCUUUGGGGAAUGCGCCAAGUCCUUACCUGCCGACAAAGGUUCCGCCAACAAGAUGCGCCAAGUCCUUACGCGCACGAUGCUUGUACAUUUUUUUUUUCUUAUGGUUAAUCUCCGUCCAAGUCAGUGACCGCCAAACUACAAGAUCACCUACAAUUAGCUUACCCACGACCGUCAUGUAUUCCUUUGUGUCCAAUUUUCCUAUUUUAUUUUUUCGCGAUAAAAAAUGGAAACAUGC